AGUCUCGCCGGGGGGGGCGGAGCCUGUGCGGGGGUGCCUGUUGGUCCGUGCGGCUACGGCGCUUGCCAUUGGUCGGCCUCUCGGUCACGGGGUCGGGGGCGGGCCCCGAAGCGGGCGCCGGCCCCGCCCCCGCUCGGAACCCAGCCCCGGCUCGCGGUCCCCCCCGGCUGCACAGACAUGACACAGACACACAGUCACUGCAGCUGCUGAGCGAGUCCGGCGCUCUGGGCACGCGGAGGCGGCGGGGCCAGCCCGGAGCCCGGACCCCAGCGCCCGCCCCUGCCGGCCCCGGCGCGGCGGCCCCCUCCUGGCCGGGCGCGGGAGGCGGGGAUCGCGCGCCGGCUCCGGCCAGCGGCGCCCGGCUGCCCGCGGCGGCUGCAGCGGCCGCCCAGCUCCGAGCGCCGCGCGCUCCGGGAAGCCGGAGCAUCUCGGAGGCGGCGGCGGCCGAGGCCGGCGAGCGCUCCUGGCGGCGGGGGCCGCCCGCCUCGGCUCCCCGCACCCACUGGGCCGCGAUCCGUUCGCCGCGCCUCCGCUCUUGUGACCUUCCCGGGGCGCCUCCCCUGGCCCCGCGCCCCCGGCCCCGCGCCCCAGGCCGGGGCGAGGCCCUCUCCGGCGCCUCCUUCCCGCGGAGCCGCGGGCGGGCGGCGCAGGCCCGGGGGGAGAGCGCGCCGCGGCCGGCUGCAGCGCCCCCCCCGCCCCGCCCCGCGCCGCUGCGCUCGGCGCCCGGCCCGGCCGGACUGCUCCUGCCCCGCCGCCGCGCCGGAGCCCGGGCGCCCGAAGCUGGGGGCGCGGCCGCGCUUGCCUCGCCGGGCCAUUCGCGGGCAGGCCCUGCCCUGAAGGGGCGAAUCGGCUGGGAGCGCGGGAGGUGGAGUCGGCCCCGGCGGCCGCUCCCUGGACCCAACCCGAGGCGGACCCAGGCCCCUGCCCAUGCGGGGCGCCUCCGGCUCGAGAGAGUCCCUCGGGCCGGGAGCAGCUCCAAGCAGCGGCCCCGGAGGAAGAGGAAGAAGGGACAGUGUUCAGCGUGGACAACCCGGACCCUCGCCGCGGCAUUUGAAGCCGGGGGCAGUCCCGAACUCUGCGCUUGGCACCGCCGCCCGAAGGAGGAGAGCGCCUGCCGGGACCCUGACCCGGACGCCCUGAGCCUCGUAGGUGGCGGCGCCACCCGGUUCAUCCGUGUUUUCCUCUGCCUGGCGGCAGUCACGGCUAAGAUGGAAAGCCUGUGUCUCUGUCACCGCUGGAGUCCCAGGCUCACAGCCCCAGGUACACGGCCUCCAGCCAACGGGAAAGAGAGAGCCUGGAGGUGCGCAUGCGCGAGGUGGAGGAGGAGAACCGCGCCCUCCGCAGGCAGCUCAGCCUGGCCCAGGGCCGAGCCCCUGCCCAUCGACGAGGCAACCACUCCAAGACCUACUCCAUGGAGGAGGGCACUGGAGACAGCGAGAACCUUCGGGCUGGCAUCGUGGCAGGCAACAGCUCUGAGUGUGGGCAGCAGCCGGUCGUGGAGAAAUGCGAGGCGGAACCCUCUGCACUUCCACCUCAUUGCUGACUCCAUUGCAGAGCAGAUCCUGGCCACGCUCUUCCAGACCUGGAUGGUGCCCGCCGUGCGUGUGGACUUCUACAACGCAGACGAGCUCAAGUCUGAAGUUUCCUGGAUCCCCAAUAAACAUUACUCUGGGAUUUACGGUCUGAUGAAGCUUGUCCUGACCAAGACUCUUCCUGCCAAUCUCGAGAGAGUCAUCGUCCUUGACACGGAUAUCACCUUUGCCACCGACAUUGCAGAGCUGUGGGCUGUGUUCCACAAGUUCAAAGGUCAGCAGGUCCUGGGCUUGGUGGAGAACCAGAGUGACUGGUACCUUGGAAACCUGUGGAAAAACCACCGCCCUUGGCCAGCCCUUGGAAGGGGCUACAACACUGGGGUGAUCCUGUUACUUCUGGACAAGCUGCGGAAGAUGAAAUGGGAGCAGAUGUGGAGGCUGACGGCAGAGAGGGAGCUCAUGGGCAUGCUGUCUACAUCCUUAGCUGACCAGGAUAUUUUCAACGCUGUCAUCAAACAAAACCCCUUCCUUGUGUACCAACUCCCCUGCUUCUGGAAUGUGCAGCUGUCAGACCACACCCGCUCCGAGCAGUGCUACAGAGACGUGUCUGAUCUAAAGGUCAUUCACUGGAACUCCCCCAAGAAGCUCCGGGUGAAGAACAAGCACGUGGAGUUUUUUCGCAACCUCUACCUGACCUUCCUAGAGUACGACGGCAAUCUUCUGAGGCGGGAACUCUUUGGCUGCCCCAGUGAGGCUGAUGUCAACAGUGAAAAUCUCCAGAAGCAGCUGUCUGAGCUGGAUGAGGACGACCUGUGCUAUGAGUUCCGGCGAGAGCGCUUCACUGUCCACCGCACCCACCUCUACUUCCUGCACUACGAGUAUGAGCCUGCGGCAGACAGCACGGACGUCACCCUGGUCGCUCAGCUGUCCAUGGACAGGCUCCAGAUGCUGGAGGCCAUCUGCAAGCACUGGGAGGGGCCCAUCAGCCUGGCCCUCUACCUGUCAGAUGCCGAAGCCCAGCAGUUCCUCCGCUACGCACAGGGGUCCGAGGUACUUAUGAGCCGCCACAACGUGGGCUACCACAUUGUGUACAAGGAGGGCCAGUUCUACCCCGUCAACCUGCUGCGCAACGUGGCCAUGAAGCACAUCAGCACUCCCUACAUGUUCCUGUCUGACAUUGACUUCCUGCCCAUGUACGGGCUCUAUGAGUACCUCAGGAAGUCUGUCAUCCAGCUCGACCUUGCCAACACCAAGAAAGCAAUGAUUGUGCCUGCAUUCGAGACACUGCGCUACCGGCUCUCUUUCCCCAAGUCAAAAGCGGAGUUGCUGUCAAUGCUGGACAUGGGGACCCUCUUCACAUUCAGGUACCACGUCUGGACAAAAGGCCAUGCACCCACAAACUUCGCCAAGUGGCGGACCGCCACCACGCCUUACCGGGUCGAGUGGGAGGCCGAUUUUGAGCCGUAUGUUGUCGUGAAACGUGACUGCCCGGAGUAUGACCGGAGGUUUGUAGGCUUUGGCUGGAACAAAGUGGCUCAUAUCAUGGAACUGGAUGUGCAGGAGCAUGAAUUCAUUGUGCUGCCCAACGCCUACAUGAUCCACAUGCCUCAUGCCCCCAGCUUCGACAUUACUAAGUUCCGUUCCAACAAGCAAUACCGCAUCUGUCUCAAAACCCUCAAGGAAGAGUUUCAGCAGGACAUGUCCCGCCGCUAUGGCUUUGCUGCCCUGAAAUAUCUCACAGCCGAGAACAACAGCUAGCACCAAGAAGCCCACCACUAGGGAAGAGACAUGCUGCAGGGAAGUGCCACUCGCUGUUCGGGGCCCAGCCUUCAAAUUCAAAAUUGAGCCAUGCUUUUAUGGUUUGUUUUUAUUUAUCUCUUUGGCCCAGCCAAGCUGCCCUCACUACAGAGACCUUGGACAAGGAUCCAGCCAGUCCCUCUCUGCCCCACAACCCUGCAUUCCCAGAGGGUAGAUAAUGCAGCCCACCUAGAUGAGUCUCUUCAAGAAUGGGAGAUCAGAGGGUGAGAGGGCGUAACAAGAUUAACGUCUUACUGCAGAGCCACAAGAUAAAGGCAGGGCUUUAGGAUGUUCUGGUUGCUUUUUAAUAAUUAGGCUUCCCAUCAUUGGGGAGAAAGGGAAGUCAGGGUGCUAGGAGUUAUUCAUCCCAGGAAAUAAAGCAAAAUUGUCAUUAUUUAGUUGAAACAUUCCCCUUUGCCCUGCACUGUUGCUGGGCAUUCAAAUGGAGGGCAAACCAAUGAUAUGAACCAACCAUUUGCAAACACCCAAUGGGGACAUUGUAGCCAGAGGGUCCUAGAGGUGGGGUUGAUUGGUUUCCUUUUCCACAGUCACUCUUUUUUUUUUCCCUUGGGGGUUUUGUUUGUUUAUUUUUGGGGCUGGUAAUCCAAAAUAGAAAAUCUGAUCCUUUAAAAGGCUCUAGAGGAAAAUCAGCUGCCUCUGUCAGCAGUGGCCCAGGAAGGAGGUAAAGUAUCUUCAGCCAAUAUUUAAACAUGGGCAGCUUCCUUCAGGAUGAUCACCGAGGCUCCCAUGACUUUGAAUUCUCUACUCUCCAGAAUCCAGGGGCUACGAUGGGGACUGCGGAAUUACGAGGGCUGACUGUUUUACACCGGUCACAUUUUCUAUUGGCAGUGACUGAUUCAGGGGAAAGGGCUUUGAAGGAACUAUUUCAAUGCACACGUAAGGUACGAACCUCUCAGGCCUUUAGAAGAACUUUACAAUUCAUGCGAGCCCAGUUCUGAAGAUUCAUGUGUCCAUCUGGAGACCUCCAAGAAGAACGUAACUGGGUUCCUCUGGUUCUUGCCUGCUUCACUGUGGAUGGGAAGAGUUGACAAACCUCAGUCUCCCUUUGGGACCUGUCCAAGGGUAGGCAACCACCUUCACCUUCAUGCAGAUUGAGGAGACACUGGACUUUUUACCCAUUUUCUUUAAUCUUCAAUAUUAAUGUUGUGUUUACACUGAUGAGAACAAGAGUUAAUGCCCUACCCUCUACUGGGCUGUUUGUAUUGAGUUGCAAUGUGACCAGCGAAAGCUGCAUUUAAUAAAUGAAAGUACAGACUGUU